ACUGUUAUUGUUUCGAUGCUUCUCCGCUAUGCCCAUCAUCAGAUUUUUGUUUUUAUAGUUGAUCUUCUACAAAUGUUGGAAUUCAAUAUGUCCAUAACCUUUCCAACGGCACCGCUACUGACAGUGAUAUUAGCAUUGGUUGGAAUAGAAGCAAUUAUGUCGGAAUUCUUCAAUGACACUACUACAGCUUUUUAUGUGAUUCUAAUUGUUUGGCUAGCUGAUCAGUAUGACGCCAUUUGUUGUCACACUAUUAUAACGAAGCGCCAUUGGCUGAAAUUUUUUUACCUCUACCACUUUGUUUUCUACGCUUACCAUUACCGCUUCAACGGACAAUAUACUGGUUUAAAUUUGAUCGUCCAUUGGCUAUUUAUUCAACAUUCCAUGUUAUACUUUUUCCACCACUACGAACUUCCGCUGAUACUGCAACAAGCUCAGUUCCAGCAACUGUUAAUACGUCCUGCACAACAACAGCCAGCAGCUCCUCCCGCAGAUGCAACACAUAUAAAUAGCUUCCCGCAAAUUAGCAGACGAUUUAGCCAAUUCCUAUCCGCGGUGAGGCCUUCAGCCACCACUCAAACUUCCACCAUUGCCAUUGGUCCUGCAUCUGCAGUUGCCACGUCUACAGUUGCUACUUCUACAUCGACAAUAACAACAGAUUCAGCUCGGGCUACUUCUACUGUUGGCACGCUUGCGCAGCCGAUAAACACUAGUCAGUCAAUACAGACAGUGCCGGCAACCGUGGAGAAUGUUGAGUCACAAACUUCCGUCAUUGGAGCGCAAGCGGUUUCUAUACAGACUAAUGAUGAAGGAACCCGGCCCCCACUCGGGGCUCCGGAUCAAUCCUCCAGCUCUCGGCCACAUUAGUUUGCCAUGAUAUUUAUAUGUGUUUUAGAUGAAUUUGUGGGUUUGGUUGUGGAAAGAUUGAUUUUUAUUGAUAGAGAUCUACUCACACAAAAUAAAAAUAAAUUAACUUCUCCGAAAUUGAAUUAUCUUAUGAUCAGUCUCUUCUUGGUACUCUAUUGUUUUGUAAAUAGUGAUAAACAAUCGAUAUACAUAUGUUUUAUGAUUAGGUAUUUAUGAUGUUAUUACAUAUACAUAAUAUGUUAUGUUGAAUGUGUAUAAUAUUUUACAUUUAUUUUUAUUGAUGUGCACAUUUACCAAAACAUAUGUACCUACAUAUAUAAUUUUCGUUAAUACAGAAUUUUGUUUCUUUAUUUUUUAAUUUCAGUUAGUUUUUGGUGGAUAUUGAUUACCCAGAGAUUUACUGUUAUUGUAUUACCAUUUUUUUGAACAAUUAAUAAUUUUUAAUGGCGAGUUGAGGAAUAAAUAAAUAUCCAAUCCGAUCCGAGUAAUGGAUUUGUUACUUCGUUAUUAUUGUUGAUUAUGGAAGAAUUUUGUGGGUUUGAGGACGGGAAAAAGCAAAAGGAAAUACUUAGUUUUCGGCGAUGUUUCGGAACUAUAUUAUUCCUUUUGCCUUGUCAAGUUCAAAGACAUAAACUAUACCUAAUAAUAAUCCUAUUAUUGGUAAAAUAUAUGUGAUUGUGCUUUUCUCUUGGCUGCAGGAACUCUAUCUCAGGCUUGAAAAAAGAAAAAUAUAGUUCCGAAAAAUGCCGAAAACUAAACAGUUUCUUCUGGUUACCUCUCGUCCUUAAACCCACGAAGUUUUUCCAUAAUUAUUGUUAUUGUUUUUAUUCCUUAAGUAGAUAUUGUAGUAGAUUCAUUUCAAUAUAAUAUGUAUAAACAA